AUGAAACCACGGCCCACGAUAUCGGCACCGCCCCAAAUCCCCGCCUCCAAAGCAAAAGAGAAACUCAAUCCUCCAGACUUCACCUACGCUCCUGCACUCAACGUCCCCGCCCGCGCCGAAAAACAAUCCUUCAUAUCUCACCUCUGGAAAUGUGGUCGCGCUUACCUCUCCUUCUACAAAUCCGGCGUCGCCAACACGCGGCAAACCGCCAAACUCGCGCGGUCCCUGCGCGCGAAAGCCGGGCCUACGGGCACGGUUGAUGACGCCGCGCAGCUGACGCGCGCGGAGUGGCAGGUGGUGCGCAGGAGUCGCAAGGACAUGUUACGAUUACCUGCAUUUGGCGUGAUAUUCCUAGUAUUCGGCGAGUGGACACCAUUACUGGUCAAGUUCCUGACGCCGAUUAUUCCCGAGCCGUGUCGGGUGCCGGGACAGGUUGAGGCGGAUCUCAGGAAGAGGGAGGCCAGGAGGAUGGAUCGGCAGAAUAAGGGUGUGGAGCGGAUGACGAGGCUGUCGAAGCGUGAGGACGUGCCGGCUCAGGUGAAGCCCGUGGGGUCGGGGUCGGAAGGACUGAGGCAUAAAAAUUUCGAGACGGAUGAGCAUUUUAUGCUGUAUGUUGAGAGUACGCGGUAUGAUUGCCACGGCAGGGUGUGGGAUUUGAUCAACGUUACGCCGCCGCGGUGGUUGCUGCGCAGGAAUCUCGCCAGGACGGUGGAGUAUUUGAAGAAGGACGAUGAGUUGAUUAUAAGGGAUGGAGGGUGGCAGGCGCUGGGCGAUAGAGAGGUCAGGCGGGCGUGUGUGGAGCGUGGGAUUUAUGUGCUGGGGAAGACGGAUGAGGAGUGUAGGAGGUUUUUGGGCGAGUGGUUUGGGGCGAAGAAGUAG